UGGCGACCUUGCCUGCCGGGACCCCACAGACGCCAGCGCCCAAGAGGAUGCCGGGCUGCGACCCCGGGGCCCGCCCGCGUCCCCUCCCGCGCGCGCCCUGCAGCCUGAGCCCCGCAGUGAGUGGGCCUCGGCACCCACGGGCCGAGGAGGAGCGACCGGGGAGGGCCCACGUCGAGGGCAUCGAGGAAGCUAUGGAGAGGAAGGUGCAGGUGCUGGCGCAGAUCUCCGGGGCCGCGAGGGCACAGGCCUGCAGCGCCAGGUCUCCCGGGCUGGGGCUCAGGCAGCACCCGGGGGCCUCCCAGCGGCGGCUGCAGUGCGAGGGAGACCCGGGCCCAGCCGCCGGCAGAGCAGCUCCGGAGAAGAACCGAGGCCGAAGAGAACAUUUGGGCCACUCGGCUACAGUUUGUAAUCUCAUAAACGAGCGUUGAUUUUAAAAAGCAUGUAAAA